AUGGCCAUUUCACGGAUAUUUAUUCCAAUUCUAGCAUUUCUCGUCGGUUUAUGUGAUGCUAGUGACACUGUGACCUACGUAGCUCCACCUCCAGGAGCUUUUGCUGAAUUCAAACCUGCAAGAUAUCUUUCACCUCCUCUUGAAAACAAACCAAUAAAAGCUGGUGGUUGUGGUCGAAAGAAGAGAGAGGAAACAACUGCAAAUCCAGGAGAUGACGACACGAUGGAUGGAGACACGGAAACUGACGCGCCCGGAUUUACGCUCAAUUCUGGCCCUAAACCGGAACCUGAAGAUGAGGAUGAAAUUGGAGAUGAAAUUUCUAACAACAGCGAAGGGAACGAGGACCAAUCUCGUAAGAAAAGGCAAGCGUCUUGUAAUGGAAAGUACUCGCAAACGGAUAGAAACGCUAUUCUCAAGUUCCAUAACGAUAUGAGAUCAACGAUCGCUCGUGGACGUUAUGUUGCACGUGGAAUUACAAAGCCACCGGCUGUAGAUAUGAGAAAACUUUAUUGGUCUUGUGCUCUUGAAAAUAGUGCACAACAAGUAGCAAGUGGAUGUGUUUUUCAACAUUCAAAUCGUCAAGGAAAAAAUAUCGGUGAAAAUCUUUAUCAAUAUCGGAUUCAAAGUAGAUGGUCACCGAAUCCUUUGCCCAUUAAUGGCACCGGCUAUGAUGCAUGCAAAGCAUGGGAAAAUGAAUUCCCAACGAUCGGGUGGCCAACUAAUGUCCUAUCCCAGAACAGUUUUAAUACUGGAAUUGGUCACGCUACGCAGAUGGCUUGGUGGCAAACCACAAUGAUUGGAUGUGGAGCAGCUCAAUGCUCGGAUAGUACUUAUCAAAAACUCCUCGUUGUAUGCCAUUACCGUGAUGCCGGGAACUGGAUUGACGAGAACAUUUAUGAUUCUGGAUCGACUUGUUCCAAAUGUGGAAGCGGCUACCGAUGCGAAUCGUCUUCUGGAUUAUGUACCGUUUAG